AUGCAUGCUCAGACUGUCCUGCGGCAAAUUAUCAACUACACUGGACCCUUGUUUGCAAAUGAGAAGGACUCAUUAUUCCUGCCAUCUCUCCCAAGGUUUGACCCAUUGGACCGCGCACUUGUUGGAAAAUGGAAAGCCUACAUCAAAUGGGAAGAGAGCAACCCGUUAAAGCUUGACAACAAGGAUAAAUCCAGGCUAAUUUCACGCAUUCAGGGUGUUUAUCAAAAGGCUGUAAUCCGCAUGCGGUUCAUGGCCUACACAUGGACAAACAGUAUAGGCAAGAACAACAAGGCACUUUUGAUUCUGAAAGCUGGCCUGGAUGCCAAUCCCUCAAGUUUUCUCCUCAACUUUGCCUAUGCUGAGGCCCUAGAAAUCAACAAAGACCACGCAGAGGUGCAUGCCACAUAUGAGAAAUUCCUCGGUAUUCUUCGUGCCAACCUUGACAGACUAAAAAAAACUUCAAAACCUGAUGCCACCGCGAGCGCCAUCAUUUCUGAACCUCGCUCAAAUGUCCCGUUGGUCAGUUUACAAGAAUUGCAGGAGGACAAAAUGCCAAAAACCACUGAAUUGGAAAAGCACCGCACCGAAUAUGGGUUAGCAUGGAUUAUGUAUAUGUGUUUUGGAAUGAGAGCGGAAGAUGUGAAGGCCUUUCAAACAAUAUUUGGGAAGGCGAGGCGUGAUCUUUGGUUGUCUUGGGAGAUCUAUGAGGCUGCGGUGUUGACUGAAUAUCACUGUUCUGAUGAUAAAGGUGUGGCCAGCCGGAUCUUUGAGAAGGGCAUGGAAUCCUUCGGCAACGAGAUUGACUUCGUGCUACGAUAUUUAGGCUUCCUGAUUUCUAUUAAUGAUAAGAAUAACGCCCGAGCACUCUUUGAACGUGUUAUCACCACUUUUGAACCAAACCGUGCUCGCCCACUAUGGGAACAAUGGGCUUGGUAUGAGUAUCAAUAUGGAGAUCUGGAGGCAGCUCUAAAGUUGGAAAAGAGGAUGGCAGUAGUACCCUCCAAUCAAAUGAUUGGCCCAACAGCAUAUCUACCUGAACACUGA